UUGGGUAUUGCGUUCUCGUGUUUUGACGAUUGCACUCGUUUAGCCGCCUCUGACGAGAGAACUUGUCGAUUGGAAGCUAUUGCUCGUGCGACCGGACACACCAAUUCUGUGAACGCAUUAUGUUUUUCUCAUUCGGGUAAACGGCCCUUCCUUUUGUCGGUCUCGACGGAUACAACGAUCAAGUUAUGGUCACUCACUGACCUCGAUCAGGACGCCAGCGGCGACCCCAAUCUAGACAAUAUUGAGAAGCUGAGCUGCUCCUCCACUUUGGUUGCUCAUGGCAAGGACGUGAACUGUGUAGAUGUUUCUCUCACGGACUCAAUUUGUAUAACUGGAGGAAUGGAUAAGUUGGUGAAGCUAUGGCAUGUUGACUCGGCUAAAAUGAGACUUGGAAUCGCGGGUACAUUGUCGGGACAUAGAAGAGGUGUCGGAGAUGCUAGGAUCUCGCCUAGUUCAUUGAAGGCUGCUUCAUCCAGUGGCGACAUGACUAUCAAGAUUUGGUCUCUCGGAGACAAAACGUGCUUACAGACUUUGAAUGGACACAACUCUGCAGUUUUUAGGAUUCUUUUCGUCAACCAUGGAACCCAGUUAGUAUCUGCAGAUAGCGCAGGUGUCGUUAAAAUCUGGAUGCUGGCCACUUCUGAGGCUGAAACGUCCAUUGAAGCACAUACCGAUAAGAUCUGGACGUUGCUGGCGAAGGACGAUGAAAGCGAGUAUGUAACAGCUGGUACGGAUGGGCGAAUCGUGAUUUGGAAGGAUGUUUCAGAAGAGCGUCGAAUGGAGCAAGAAGCUAAAGUUAGGAAACAAAUGGAAGAGGAACAGGUGUGUCACUAG